UACAUGUUAGGUGCCAUUGCACUCGGACCUUCGGGGGAAAACCUCUAUAGCCUGUGUUUUAUAGUAAUGUCUUGUUUAUAGGUCAGAAAACCCACUGGAUGAGACGGGGCCACACCUAGGAAUCGACGUGAAUUAUCCCCCUUGUUGUUAUUGUCGCCGUGUGAGGAAGGACCAUCAAAAUUCCGGUCCCGAGCGAAUUUCGGCAAGCCCGUGCAGGGAGAGCCGAGGACACCAUGAACACCAGGCCCAGGAAAAACCGAUCCAGCUCCGCGAGGGGCGGACGUGGAAAGACAGUAGAGAGGCAAGUGUCUGCAGAAGGAAUAUACAGUAACCACCGUUUUAUACAAGCCGUGGGAGUUUUGGUUGGCCUCCCAGUACAGAUUCAAACUAAGACAAAUGAUUUAAUUGAAGGAGUGUUUACAACAUUUAGUCCCAAUUUUGACCUGGUGUUAGAUAUGGCUCACCCAGUGUCACGGUCAGACCCAGCUCACAUUAAUCCAGAAACUGUUAAACGGAAGAUGAUAUUUACAGCACCAGAUAUCGUAACUAUCAAGGUGGCAAAUGUUGACCUAGAAUACGCUACUAGAGGUAAGUGGAGACAAAAAAAAAAAAGUAAUUUCUUUAAAUUUUGGGUGGGGAGGAGAUGAUGUUUGUUUGAUUUGGAGAAUGGUAAAUUGUUGACAUUUGGUUUGUAAAUAUUAUGUAGUUUUUAGAUUUUGAUAUCUUUAUACGAAUAAGGUUUCCUAGCAAAUAUGCUGACUUGAUUUUGAUGACUGAUUCUUAAUGAUUUGUGAUUUAUAAAGUAUUCAUGAUUUUAUGGUUACAUCAAGUAUGUU